AUGAGCCGCAGUCCAGAGAGGAUGUCUUCAUACCGCCGUCAUUUCGACGGCACCCUGGAUCUUGCUCCUGCCUACCAGAUUCGGGUGUCCAGUCCGUCUCCCAGUCGCAGGGAGACCCGUCAUCGGUCGGUCAGCUUCACCCGAAGUGGCAGACCGAUGGGGCGCAGGGCCACCUCCAACAAGUCUCGGAUAACCAGCAGUGUGAGUAUGGGAACAUUGUGCUUCGAUAUGUCCAUGGGGCUCGGGCCAAAGCUGGACUUGGAUGCAGCGGCAGCAGAUAACCAAGCUUUUAUGAAGACUCGAACCAGUGAGAGGCAGGAGAUGGUAGUCCUCAAUGACAGACUGACAGCAUAUAUAGAAAAGGUCCGUACACUCGAGUCAAAAAACAAGCUGCUGGAGGCUGAGAUUGAGGACCUGAAGAGUCAACAUGUCAGGUCAUCGGGCCUCAGGCAACUAUAUGAAUCUCAGCUGAAGGAACUCUGCAGGAACGCUGAACAAAUGAGAGUCCAGAGGGAUGUGUCUUUGGCCACCAAGGAGGGUAUGUUGGGCCAGAUGGGCACACUGAAGGCCAAAUAUGAUGAGGCUGUUGAGGCGAGGAAGAAGACAGAGCAAGAGGUUGAGGCUCUCCGUCCAGAUGUGGAUAAAGCAACCUCAGCACGGAUUGUGCUGGAGAGGCAGCUGGAAAACCUGGAUGUUGAGCUUGCCUUCCUUCAGAGAGUUCACAAGGAGGAAAUUGAGGAGCUGAUGAAGCAACUCUAUUCAGCAAACUCAAAGGUGGAGCUGAGCUUUGGUCUUCCAGACCUCUCCUCUGUCCUCCAGCAGAUUCAGUCUCAGUACGACAGCAUCGCCGCCAAAAACCUACAGGAAAUGGACGCUUGGUACAAGACAAAGUUUGAGGACUGGAGCACUGCCUCCGCCAAACAUGCCCAAACUGUUCGCAGCAUGAGAGAGGAGAUCGCAGGCUAUAAAAAAGACAUCCUCAACAAGGAAAGUGAAUUGGAUGCACUAAAGACCAGGAAUGAGUAUUUGGAGGACCAGGUCCGUGACACAGUGGAGAAAUACAAGAAGAAGGAGGAGGACCUGCAGGAGCAUAUAGAGGCGAUUAAGCUGGACCUGAGGCUGACCAAGGAGAAGAUCGCUCUGCUGCUGCGGGAAUACCAGGACCUACUGAAUGUUAAGAUGGCUCUGGAGAUUGAGAUCACCACAUACAGGUGA